AAUUUUAUUUUUCCUUUUUUUCUGCGUUUUUUGGGGGCAUUAUCAGCAGAGGACGAGGGAUUUGAUCGUGAAUCGGUGUUAGAACAUGGCGGCGGCGCGUUCAAUCUUCGUCGGACUCAUUCGUGACAGCGGACGGACUAGGACUAAUGGUUUACUGAGGUCCUUGUCUUCAUCCUCGUCGUCAACGGCUUCGAAAUUGGAAGUCGUCUGUGACGAAUCGUCGGUUUCGAUUCCGGAAGAUGAAUGUGACUACGGUGGCGGUGAUGAUCUGAAGAGCAGAAUUUUCCGGCUGAGACUCCCGAAGCGUAGCGCAACCAAUGUUAUUGAGAAAUGGAUCAAUGAAGGCCACCAAAUCACCAUCUAUGAUCUCCGUCGUAUAUCAAAAGAACUUCGUAAAUCUCGCCGUUACAAACACGCUCUUGAGUUGUCGGAGUGGAUGGUUUCACGUGGAGAGUUUGAAUUAUCCGACUCAGACUAUGCUUUCCGAAUCGACUUAAUGACCAAAGUUUUUGGUAUAGAUGCUGCUGAACGCUAUUUCGAAAGUUUACCUCCCAGCGCUAAAACAACCGAAUCUUACACUGCUCUUCUCCACUCUUAUGCUGCAUCAAAACUAACUUCUAAGGCGGAAGACCUCUAUGAAAAGAUCAAAGAAUCUAACCUUCCGUUGACUGCAAUAACAUACAACGAGCUAAUGACAUUAUACAUGGCAGUCGGGCAGGUGGAAAAGGUCUCUUCUGUUGUUAAAGAACUCAAAAACCAGAAGGUUUCUCCAGAUAUUUACUCUUACAACCUGUGGAUAAGCUCAUGUGCUUCAGCUUUAAAGAUCGAUGAAGUUAGAAACAUUCUUGAUGAAAUGAGUGAUCAUGAGGCUGGCUCGAGUGAGAGUUGGGCAAGAUAUGUGAAUCUUGUGCGCAUAUAUCUAACGUCGGGUCAACUGGUAAAUUCAGAGGUCAACUCUGUGGUCGAAAGUGAAAAGGGUAUAACACAAAGAGAAUGGAUAACUUAUGAUUUCCUUAUUAUAUUGCAUUCCGCUUUGGGAAACAAGGGUACCCUUGAUCAAAUCUGGAAAUCUUUGAGGAUGACGAACCAGAAAAUGAUUAGCAGAAACUUUGGUUGUAUACUAUCUGCUUAUCUGAUGCUUGAUCAUUUGAAUGAGGUGGGAGAUGUGAUCGAUCAAUGGAAGACAUCUGCCACAACCGAUUUUGAUGUUUCUUUAUGCGAUAGGGUUUUAAAAGCGUUUCAAGAAGUCGGGUUGAUUGAAAAGGCAGAAGCUUUUCGUAUGUUGCUAAGUGAUAAGAAGUGUGAGCCAGAAUGAAUUCGGGGUUAGCCGUAGGGUCUGGUUCGAGUCUGAUGGUGCUGGUGUGGUGCACCAAGCUAGGCUAUCCUACACAAGCAAUAGAGGGAAUAAGAUUUCAUUUGUUUCUGUUUCUGUUUCUGUUUGCUUUCACUGGGAAAUCAUUGCUUGUUAAAAUUGGCAUAUCAACAUGGAUGCCUUACUAUGAGUUAUUACUGGAUUCGUUGACAACAA